CCCCCAGAGCGCCCCCCGCGCGCCGCCCCGCGCAGGCGCGCGGCGGGUUUUUCGGGCUGCCAUCUUGGCUUCCCUUCAGCUGGCGCCCGCGACGAAGACGACGACGACGCUGCUGCCGCCGCCGCCGCCACCAAAGCAACCCCCUUCCCUCACCCACCCCCGGAGGUGCCCGCCGCGCUCAGGCCGGGCCGCGGGGCGGAAGGGCCGGGGGAACUCAUGGUGGCUCCCGCGGAGGACUGGCAGGGAGGCUGAGCUCCAGUGGGAGCAGAACGAAAGAGAAACAAUGCCUGUUGUGUGGCCAACCCUUCUGGAUCUCAGCCGAGAUGAAUGCAAAAGGAUCCUUCGCAAACUGGAAUUGGAGGCAUAUGCAGGCGUUAUCAGUGCUUUGCGUGCCCAGGGGGAUCUUACGAAGGAGAAGAAAGAUCUUCUUGGGGAACUCUCCAAAGUGCUUAGUAUUUCAACGGAAAGGCAUCGGGCUGAAGUUCGGAGGGCGGUCAAUGAUGAACGGUUGACAACAAUAGCACAUAACAUGUCAGGGCCCAACAGUUCUUCGGAAUGGUCCGUCGAAGGUCGGCGGCUGGUGCCUCUCAUGCCGCGGCUGGUUCCCCAGACAGCUUUUACCGUCACGGCAAAUGCCGUUGCCAGCGCCGCUCUCCAGCACAAUGCCUCCCUCCCUUCCCCGGCUGAAACGGGAAGCAAAGAAGGUGAGGUGGUGGUUUGCUAUUCCUACACGAAUACCACCUCGACCCCAACGUCCACCCCGGUUCCAAGCGGCAGCGUCGCCACCGUGAAGUCCCCCCGACCCGCCAGUCCCGCUUCCAAUGUCGUCGUCCUGCCAAGCGGAAGUGCGGUUUAUGUCAAAAGUGUGAGCUGCUCCGAUGACGACGAGAAGCCCCGCAAAAGGCGGAGGACCAACUCCUCGAGCUCCUCCCCGGUCCUCCUGAAGGAGGUUCCAAAGGCCGCCACGCCUGUCACGAAGACCAUCACGGUGCCCGUCAGCGGCAGCCCCAAGAUGAGCAGCAUCAUGCAGAGCAUCGCCAACUCCUUGCCACCCCACAUGUCCCCCGUCAAGAUUACCUUCACCAAACCAUCAACGCAGACAACCAACACCACGACCCAGAAGGUUAUCAUUGUGACCACCUCUCCUAGCUCCACCUUUGUCCCCAACAUCCUUUCCAAGUCUCACAACUACGCAGCUGUCACCAAGCUGGUCCCAACGUCCGUCAUCGCUUCGACCACCCAGAAGCAGCCGGUGGUGAUCACCGCUUCCCAGUCCUCUCUGGUUAGCAGCACCACCACCACCACUACUACUGGGGCUUGUUCCACUCCUUCCUCCGCUCCCAGCACAGUUGCUGUGACCACCGUGGUGUCGUCCACACCUUCUGUGGUUAUGUCAACAGUCGCACAAGGUGUCUGCACGUCGGCCAUUAAAGUGGCAUCAACCCGGCUGCCUUCUCCCAAGAGCCUGGUGGGGACACCCACCCAGAUCCUAGCACAGUUUCCCAAGCAGCAGCAGCAGCAGCUGUCACCCAAACAACAGCUACAGCAACAAGCGCAACAGCAGCAGCCGUUGACACAGGUGUCGCCCCAGCCGCAGCCCCAGCCUCCUCAGCAACAGCCCCCGCUGCCCCUGCCCCCGCCUCCUCAGCAGUCUCCUCUGCCACAAGGCAUCAAGCCCACCAUCCAGAUCAAACAGGAAUCAGGUGUCAAAAUAAUCACUCAGCAAGUUCAGCCCAGCAAAAUCCUGCCCAAGCCAGUCACGGCAACCUUGCCCAGUAGCAGCAGCUCCCCAAUCAUGGUGGUGAGCAGUAAUGGGACUAUCAUGACAACCAAACUGGUCACGGCCCCUGCUGGGACUCAAGCGACUUACUCCCGUCCAACAGUAAGUCCAUCUCUGGGUGCACGUAUGGCCGGUACUCCAGGUGCUGCUACUUACGUGAAGACCACCAGUGGCAGCAUCAUCACGGUGGUCCCCAAGUCAUUAGCCACACUGGGGGGCAAGAUCAUCAGCAGUAACAUUGUUUCCGGUAACUCCUUGAUGAAGACCUAUUUUCAACAAAAAGGGACUACAACCAAAAUUACAACGAUCCCUGUGACGUCUAAGCCCAACGUGAUCGUUGUGCAAAAAACGACAGGGAAGGGCACCACUAUCCAAGGACUUCCGGGCAAAAAUGUGGUCACGACGCUGCUGAACGCAGGGGGAGAGAAAACUAUCCAAGCUGUGCCAGCUGGGGCCAAACCAGCCAUCAUCACUGCCAGCAGGCCCAUUACCAAAAUGAUCGUCACUCAGCCAAAAGGGAUCGGCUCUGCCCUUCAGCCAGCCACCAAGAUCAUCCCAACCAAGAUUGUGUACGGACAGCAAGGAAAGACCCAGGUCUUGAUCAAGCCAAAGCCAGUCACCUUCCAGGCAACGGUUGUAAGUGAGCAGACGAGGCAGCUGGUCACAGAGACGCUGCAGCAGGCCUCCCGGGUGGUGGAGACGGGGAACGCUCUCCUGCCAGAGGUGAAAGAGGAGCCCCAGCCGUACACAGACAGCAGCUCCUCCUCAACAGAAUCCUCCCAGGGCUCCCAAGAUUCCCAGCCUGUGGUGCAUGUCAUCGCAUCCCGAAGUCAGGAUUGGUCAGAACACGAGAUUGCUGUGGAUUCCAGCCCGACCAUCAUCUACCAGGAUGUGUCCAGCGAAUCUCAGUCAGCAACGUCCACAAUCAAAGCAUUGUUGGAGCUCCAGCAGACCACAGUGAAGGAGAAGAUGGAGCCUAAGCCAAGGCAGCCCACGAUAGACCUGAGCCAGAUGGCGGUCCCGAUCCAAAUGGCCCAAGAGAAGCGCCAUUCUCCAGAGAGCCCCUCUAUUGCUGUUGUGGAGUCUGAGCUGGUUGCAGAGUAUAUCACCACCGACUCAGGAAGACAACACUGUAUUCCUUCACAUUCGGAAGAGUAUCUCCAAAACCACAUAGUGAGCCAUCGGUCCCAGCCCCACCAGCAAGCCUCCCAGCCCCAGCGCACCCUCCUCCAGCAUGUGGCCCAGUCGCAGACGGCCACCCAGACCUCGGUGGUGGUGAAGUCCAUUCCUGCCUCUUCCACGGGGGCCAUCACCCACAUCAUGCAGCAGGCUCUGAGCAGCCACACGGCCUUCACCAAGCACAGCGAGCAGCUCGGCACCAAAGAGGGGGAAGUGGAAGAAAUGGACCCGCUGAAUCCCCAGACGGGGCUUUUCUACCACUCGGCCUUGACGCAGGUGCAGAAGCAGCAGAAGCUGAAUCCACCCCAGCUGGAGCAGACGCAGCUGCAGGUCAAGACCCUCCAAUGCUUCCAGGCCAAACAGAAACAGACCAUCCACCUCCAGGCAGAUCAGCUCCCCCAUAAACUGCCCCAGAUGCCCCAGCUCUCCAUCCGUCACCAGAAGCUGGCCCCAUUGCAGCAGCAGCAGCAGCAAGAUCUGGGGCAGUCCAAACUGGACCCCCAGCCCGCUGCCCCUCACCACUCCAUUACCCGCGAGCGGCAGCUCCCCACCUUGGUGGCCCAACCCCAACAGACCGUGGUCCAGGUGCUGGCUGUCAAAACCACCCAGCAGCUGCCCAAGCUUCAGCAGGCGCCCACAGCACAAAAAAUCUACGUCCAGCCCCAGGGCCAGGUGCCCCUCCCGACUGUCUCCGAGAAGCAACCAGCAAGCCAGGUGAACCAGCCCAUAAUAACCCAAGGAUCCUCUGUUACAAAGAUAACUUUCGAAGGUCAUCAGCCGCCCACCGUGUCCAAGGUGGCCCCACCGCUCCCGAACCUCUUCCCUGCCCAGAUGCCCACAAAGGCAGCAGUGGCUGACAUUUUGAAAAUGUCCAUGAUGGAGGCUCAGAUUGACCCAGGUGUGGACCGUAUGCUAGUGGACUCCGUAAACAACAAGCCUUCUCCCCCCGGGAAUGUGCCAGGGGAAAUAGAACCAUCACCGGCCUCAGUGCUGAGGGUGGCUACGGUUGGGACAGGGGCCACCAUGGCCGCAUCCAUCCUCCAGCAGCCGAAGCGCUUGGACUCGGCUUUGAGCCCUUCGGGCAUUGGGCCGCUCAUGCCAGAGAGGAGACCCGCCCUUCCGGCACCGUCUGCAGCCAGCCAGUUCAUCCGUAUCCAGAAUAUCGCCCCAAAGAAAGCAGAGGAGAUCCCUGCAGAAAUCUUAAUCCAGACGAUCCCUCAGUAUUCUGUAGCAUGCCACUCCACGUCCAACGUGGUCGUGGAACCCAGCGGCCUUCUCGAGCUGAACAACUUCACCAGCCAGCGCCUCGACGAUGAGGAGACGGUGAUGGAGCAGGACGUGGACAGCAGCAAUGAAGACGGGACGGAGCCCAGCCCGACGCAGAGUUCAGAUCAGUCGUAGCCUCUCUGGGGCGCCAGGGUGCACUUUAGAAAAACAGCAACGAUGCCUUGGUUAUGCGUAGCCGAGACACCCGCGUAUUCUUCUUAACAAGCACUUUGCCCGUCGGAGGCUUUGGACUCGCCAAGCGCCAGUACAUUGACCAGACAGUGUUGGUCAGGCAGGGAUCACACAGAAGGAGGCCUUGCCCAUGUGCAGUGAGCGUAUGACCGUAGAAUGUAUUUUCUGUAAGCAAAGAAGACAAAGAACGUGAAGUGUUUUGUGGUAUUUUUAAAAGGCAUACUGAAGUUUUGUUUGCUGUGACAUUCAGGACUGGCUACUGAAACUUUCUUAAAAUGUAAAUGCAAAAAUAGGCGAUGCCUUUAUUAGACCGCUAAAAAAUCAUCAUACAGCUCACAAGCUUUCAUGGAUUAAAACACUUCAUCAAGCUUGUACCGGUGUGCGGAACUUGAUGUCCAAACAUUCAUGACAUGAUGGAUUUUGCCAGGCGUGUCUCCCUUAGUCAGGAGACUGGUUGCUGUUUUGGGGUUACAGCUUAGGCAUUUGUGGCUUGAGUGUAAGGAGUUCUCCAAACAAAGAAGCACCAGGCGGUGUCCCUUUUGAAGAAAGGUCAUAAAUGGGGGAAGUGGAUGUAUGCACAGUGGCCUGUGUUGCUUUGUUUGGAAAACUGCCUUACAAUACAUGUAAGAGAAACACACCUGGCCGUUUCCAGCAUCCGUCAUGCCAUGAACAUUUGGACUGGUACCAGCCUGAUGAAGUGGUGUUUUAAUCCACGAAAGCUCGUAUGAUGAUUUUUAGUGAUCUAUAAAGGUAUCGCCUAGUUUUGUAUUUUAUUUUGUUUGGACCAUACGGCUAACUCUUGCUUCGACAAAAC